AACAAGUGGGUUUGGUUUGGACACACUGAACAGAACCGAGAUGAAAACAAGAGUUUGAUAAUCAACAAGUGAGGUUACCCCACCCUUGGUCACUGAGGUUACAUUACUCUGAAUUUUUCCCCUUGCAUUGGGCAUUCAAUCCAGCAGCAUUUUGUUACCUCCUCUCAGACCUGAAACCAAAAGAACAGUUUCAUUGCAUGAACCCUGAAAUUAGAAGCGGUUAUAACGUCAUUUUCACAUUUCAAACACGAAAGAUCAAGCUCCAACCAAACGGUUACAGUCGUUUCUUAAACACUGAUUUAUAUUCUCUCUCUGGAUCUGACAUUUGGAUGAUAAUUUCGACAAACAAGAAAUGCGUAGCCGGGGAUCGCAGAACCGGCUUUCUGGUAACUCUUUUGGAUCACGUGUUUCUGCGCUCAUGCUAGCCAUGAUUGCUACCAUGGCUACAAUUUACGUUGCCGCCAGGCUAUUUCAGGAGGCGGAAAGUAGGGCUUAUUUAAUCGAAGAGCUUGAAAAAAGAACUGGUCAGGGUCAAUCUGCCGUUUCUCUUGACGAUACACUGAAAGUUACAGCCUGCAGGGAACAAAGUAAGAAGUUGUCUGUCCUUGAGACCGAACUAGCUGCGGCUAGACAGGAAGGUUUUGUUCCAAAGCGCUUGCAAGGAAAUAAUGAGAAGCAUCCUACAAAGAAAGUACUUUUAGUAGUUGGAGUGAUGACAACCUUUGGUCGGAGAAAAAACCGAGAUGCAAUCCGUAAGGCUUGGAUGCCAGCAGGUAUAGCUAGGAGAGAACUGGUUGAUAAGAAAGGAAUCAUUGUCCGAUUUGUAAUAGGAAGAAGUGCAAACGGCGGAGACAGUUUCGACAAAGAAAUUAAAGACGAAAGCAGUCACACCAAUGAUUUCGUCAUUCUUGAUAAUCAAGUGGAGGCCCCUGAAGAAAAAGCAAAAAAGAUAAAAUCAUUCUUCAUUUAUGCAAUAGGCAAAUGGGAUGCUGAAUUUUAUGCUAAGGUCAAUGAUGAUGUCUAUGUUAAUCUCGAUUCCCUUGGAGGAGUGCUAGCUUCUCAUUUGGACAAGCCCCGUGUGUAUAUUGGUUGCAUGAAAUCAGGCAAAGUUUUCUCUGAGCAGACACAUAAAUGGCACGAGCCAGACUGGUGGAAAUUUGGUGAUGGAAAAUCAUACUUUAGACAUGCUUCAGGUGAGGUCUAUGUCAUUUCAAAAUCAUUGGCUCAGUUUAUUUCGAUAAACAGUUUUAUGCUCCGUACAUAUGUACAUGAUGAUGUAAGCAUUGGAUCUUGGUUUAUUGGGCUUGAUGUACAGCACAUUGAUGAAACAAAACUUUGCUGCUCCUCCUGGUCCCCUGGGGCAAUUUGUGUGGUACUAUGACGACUUCCCACUGACAAAUAGAGUAUCUAUAGCUGUUCCAUCCUCUAUCAUCAUUUUUGUCUCAGGUGAUUUCAUUAUGAUAAUUUCAAGCAGCUGUUGAUUCUUCCAUUUGAAUGAGGGACUGUUUGUUUGCAGUAUGCCUGUGACAUGAGGUACCAGCAUGCUCUUCAGAAUGGUCCAAGGUAUUGAGAAAUUGGCCAUGUUUGUGUUAUUUUGAGAAACUGUUCCUUCUCCAUUUAAUUGUGUAAUAUAAAUAGCUCUUGUCCAUCGUUGUUAAACUUAACACACCAUAUGGGAAAAAUGAAAGAAAGUAUAGCAACUUAAUUGUAAGAUUUUUUUUUUUUAAUUAGACUUGAGACAUA